GAAAUGCCAAAUUGUGACAAAUGCUAUUCUGCUAUUCCAUCCAAGCCAACAUCCACCAUUUUUGUGAAUGAAAAGAAAUUUACUCGAGUGAUAAACAUUUGGCAAAAAUUUAUUUUAAUAAAAUUUUGUUGUUAGUUUUGUGUUUGUGUUGCAUAAAAUAAUGGCUACUAGGGAGGAGGUACGUGAAGCUUUGACGGCUGAGUUGAAAACUAAAUCUAUUUGUCGUUUCUGCCUGACUCAAGGUGUAGGCGAUCUGACAAACAUAUAUGCAAAGGAUGCUCCAAUUAAAUCAUUGCUACCACUGCCUGUGGAAAUAAUGGCAGUUGCUUCUAUUGAGGUGUUUUUAAACGAUGGAAUGCCCGCUUCAGUGUGUUUGAAAUGUCGUUUGACCUUUGAUUAUUGCUAUCGGUUUAAGCAGAUGUGUAAGAAGGCUGAAAGUUUGUUGAAUCAAGUGCCACUACUUGGUGAAUGGCCUUCUCCAUUAGUGAAGCCUGUAAUACCCUCAGAACUUUUACCGAAGGAAAUAGUUACACAAAAACCAAGUAAAAAUGAAUUUCAAAAAAACGCUUCACCUACAACCAACAUCAAAGAGCAAAAACCGUCGAAAUCACCAUCUCAGCAAAAUACUGGAGUGGCGGUUGUAACGAAAACUAUAGGGUCUACUAAACAAACAACUUCUUCAGUCCAAACACCGAGAAAAAUACUCAAUUCUAAUCCGGCACCAUUACCGGAACCACCAAUACCAACCCGAACGAGAAAAACUAAAAAUGAAGAAGCUAUAAGCUUUCUUACAAAAAUUGAAAAUAAUAAGGAGAUUUCAUUUGACGACCUCCAGCGUUUAAUUGACUCUGAAGAUGCUGAACAAGUUUCACAAGAGUUCGAAGUGACAGAAAUUAACCCAACUUCCUCCAAUAAAAAUAAACCUAAACUGCUAAAUAAAUCUUCCAAACGUAUAUUAAACAAAGAAGCCGAGGUAAAUUUGGAGCCACGACUUAAACAACCAUUUGUAAAACAAGAUGAAGAUGGCAACGUUUCCAUUGUAACAGAAAUAUUGGACCCGAAUGAGCCCUAUGAAAACGAGCCGGAUCCUAUAAAGGACGCGGAGCCUGUUAAGACAAAUGUUUUUCCAUGUCCCUACUGUGACCGAACAUUUCCGUUAUUGCAAUUGCGCGAUAUGCAUUUGGUGAACCAUACACGCGAUCGGCAAUUUCCUUGUAAAGAGUGUGAUCGCUCAUUCUUUUCUAAAUACGAUCUUCAAAAACACGAGGUAAUACAUACAGGAGAACGCAAGUACAAGUGUACAGUUUGUGCGAGAGGCUUUACUCGGCCGGGAUUAUUGUAUAGACAUGAGAAAAUACACACAGACAUACCUAAAUUUCUUUGCGUUUUUUGCGAAAAGACUUUUUUAUCGAAAGAUGAUAUGGAGAAGCACGCCGAACGACAUCGCAAGAACCGACCAUUCAAGUGCAAAUCAUGCGAUAAAGCAUUCGCCUUCAAACAAGGUCUGGAGCGACAUGAGGUGGUUCAUUCUACCGAACAGCCAUAUCCCUGUCAAUAUUGUGACAAAAGUUUUUGUACACCAUCGAAAUUGGCACGUCAUUUAGUUGCCCAUGCCGGCAAACGUCCGUUUCCGUGCAAAUUUUGCCCAAAGUCAUAUUUGCUGUCGCACCAUUUGACACGGCACUUGCGCACCCACAAAGAAAGUGUCGUUAUGUACUCCUGCAAUGAAUGUGAGCAAGUUUACAAUACAUGUAACGAAUUGGUGUUACAUUCAGCAGAACACGCUAGAGAGACAUUGAUCUGCCCUCUAUGCCAACAAUCCUUUGAAGAUGUGGAAACGGUAACAGCACAUAUCAAGGAGCACGCUAACGAUGUAUCGUUCCCGUGUGAAUUCUGCGAUCUGAUAUUCCUUACAUAUAACGAACAAAGUUAUCAUGUUAAAAGCGCACACGCAUCCGAUUUAGUGGCCUAUAAUGAGGACGAGAAGAAUGCGACGGUUACACCAAAAAGAAAUAGUGAUGAGGAAAUGGAAGAAACUAUUGAAGAGUUUCUUUACGAAGAGGAAAAUGAUGGUGAUAAUCAGUCACAAGUCACCCAAGAAGUAGAAGAUAAUGCCAAUCACGAUAAUCAGUCGCAACUCAUACGAGAAGUAGAAGAUAUUACCAAUCAGGAAGAAUUCGAUUACACCAAAGACAAACGUUUUGAAAGUGAGGGAAAAUACGAAGAAUAUCUGAAGAUAGAAACUCUAACAAGUGCUGAUGAUGGAAUGGUUGUGAAAGAAUUUUCCGAUGUAAACAAAGAUCAGCAACCCGUGCUAAAGAAAAGUAAACUCGAUAUCGGAACUAAAGUACUUAAAACCGUCAAAGAUGAGCAAACUGAUGUACGUCGUAAGACACCGAAGGAAACCACAGAAAAUAUAAGUGAAAGUCCUAUACAAAAAUCUCCUAAAGCUGUAGCUGCAUCAACUAAAAAGGCGAUAGUGACGAGAGGUAGACCUACUAAUGCGUCAAAGCUUUUGAAAAUGGGAAAGAGCAAUGAUAAUAAUAAAAGCAGUCCAACUAAUUCUGACAAAAACACAAAAACUUCACCAAAAGUGAAACAAUCACCAUCAGGAAGCAGUCAGUCUGUCUCAAAAGUUAUAAAUUCGAACACAACUAGUAGUGUUCUUGCUAAGGAGGGUCAAGGUAAAAAAAUAGUAAAGAUGCAGAAGAUUGUCGUUACUAAAGCCGAAGCUGCGGCAAUGGCUAAAGACGGGCGUAUAAAGAUUAAAGACGGAAAUUUGAUACUUACAUCAAAGCCUGCAAAAUAGACAAGAGCAAUAUAACUAAUGUUACUUUUAUUUUAUUAUAAGAAUAUAUGUAAUGGAAGGUAGAACGUGUAAGAAUUUUUGUAUAUCCGAAAGAUAUAUGUGUGCGUAUAAAUAAAUAUAUCGAUAUAACUAAUGUA